AUGCAGAUGGCUGGUCAGGUCAUUGGCCCUGUGAACCCCACGAAGAAACUUAAGGGCAGGCUACAGAGAAAACUUAGGGAGAUUAAGAAAGCAGGCCACCUUGACCCCAAGGUUUAUGACAAGGUGUACCCUACAUCUGAUGCUACCCCGAGGUUCUAUGCUACACCCAAGAUACAUAAGAACCCUCUCAAGAUGAGACCUAUAGUGUCUGGGAUUAAUUCCAUCACUUACCACCUAGCUAGACAUCUAGCGGACCUACUUAAGCCCCUUGUGGGACAGUCAGAGGAACACAUCAAGAACUCUCUGGACUUGGUCACUAAGAUCCGAGAGGUGACACUCGAAGAUGGAGAGGUACUCACAUCUUUUGAUGUCACAGCCCUCUUCACUAGUGUUCCAGGGAAGGAGGUCGUCGGGAUGGCAGUCAGUAGAGCAGAGAAGGAUCCCACCUGGAAAGAUCGUACCUUGUUAACCCCCAAAGAAUUUGGUGAGCUCCUCCUCCUGGUGGUUAGCACUACGUACUUUCAGUACAAUGAUGUUAUCUACGAUCAGACCUUUGGCAUGGCGAUGGGUUCUCCAUUGUCCCCUGUGUUAGCGAACCUGUUCAUGGAGGAGUUCGAGAGGAAAGCUCUACACACUGCUCCACACCGCCCCAAGUUCUGGGGGAGGUAUGUAGACGACACCGGCGUUGUGAACAGACAGGAACAUGAACAGGAACUCUUCGAUCACAUCAACACGCAGCAUGACAGUAUCAAGUUCACUAUUGAGAGGGAACAAGACAACCGUCUCCCCAUGCUGGAUGUCAUGAUGGUCAGGAAUCCAGACAACACCAUCACUACAGAUGUGUUCAGAAAAGAAACCCACACCGACCACUACUUACAGUGGUCCUCCAACCACCCGGUGCAACAGAAGCUUGGGAUAGUUAGGACUCUUAUGCACAGAGCCAACACCCUUAUUGAAGAUCCCGCGUUGAGAGAGGCUGAAAAGGAAAAAGUCAGAGUAGCCCUCAGACACUGUGGAUACCCAGAAUGGGCCCUGAGGGAGGGGGAAAACAACUCCAGAAGGGACAAAAGUAACAAGGAACAGACACCUGGUGAGAAGUGUGGUGUGAUCUACAAGAUCAAGUGUGAAGAGUGCGGGGAGGUUUACGUUGGUGAAACUGAGCGGUCACUGGGGGAAAAGACUUUACUGAACACCAAAAGUCGUUACACCAGAAAGACUGCAAGUCAGCGUUAA